AAUCCUUGGGAAAAAACCGUUAUAGUAUGAAAAUACAUUUACGUGGCUUCAUUAUAUCAGGAACUUCUGACGGGGUCACGUUGUUGGAAGGCUUUUUUUAACGACUUCUUCAGCAAGACGGAAAAAAAUAAAUUAACUAAUUAAUAUUGUGUUAUUAGUAGCUCUGUGUAAUUCGACAAUGAAGGGUUUCUGGCGACAAAAAGAUGGCAAACGUCAGAGGCGUUGAAUAGGUGCCCUGCCAUACGGUUGCUGGGCAACAGAAAGGCGACCGGACAAACAUGGCGGAGAACAGCAAAAGUGCAGAGGCCACCGUGCUUAACACCAAGGUCCUCAAGAAGCUCAAAGGCGCUUUUCAAGCGUUUGACACAAAGUCUGACAACACAGUGGAUAUCAAGGAGAUUGGCACCAUCUUCUAUUCACUAGGUUUCUUUCCCACUCAGGCAGACCUACAGAAGUUCACAUCUGAGGUGGAAGAUGAGCGCUCAGGAUAUAUCCACUGGGACAGAUUCCUCCCAGCCAUGACUAAAGUGCUACUGGAGGACAAGUUCCCUCCCAUCUCUGAUGAGCUUCUGCUUCAGGCCUUUGAGGUUCUAGACAAAGAAAAGAGGGGAUACCUUGAGCCUGAGGAGCUGACAAAUUACAUGACAAAGGAAGGUGAGCCGUUCACUCAGGAGGAGAUGGAUGAGAUGCUGACAGCGUUCACUGACGAAGAGAAGAAACAUAUCUAUUAUAAAGAUGUUAUCCCACAUCUGACUCUAGAGCGUAAAAUGUAGGCAGCGAAACAAAGGUUGCUUAAUCAGCCUGUUGGUGCAGCCAAGUAUGAAAGCAUAAUGUACAAAUGCCAAAUGAAAUGUAUGUAGGCAGUCUGUAUGUCACCAAAACUGUUAUACAAUAUAAUCUUUAUGUCUGUUGUGAUAAAGAAAUUAAAUGUGCAUACUUCAACUGGAUUCAGAUAAGAAUACCAUAAGAGUUUGAAUGCUCAAGCCCUCGUUCCUUAUUUAAGAAAUGUUAAAAGGUUUCUCCAGUUUGACAUUAAAGGAAAGUCCAGUACAGUAUGAAAUUACUGGUGUGAUGCACUCCAGUCUCUGUGAAUGUAAAAAAAAACAAUCACUAAAAUGGCUUAUGUUGGGUUUCUGUGCAGACAUAAAAGAAAUCAUGGUACCACUGGUGCUGUUCAAAUGUUGUUCUGAGGUAAUCUGGAGUUACAGAAAUGAGCUACAGCUGAAGAAGCUGUAUUUAAGAAAGCUGAAGGCUUGCUGCUUUCAGAACGUGCGCCCAAAAUAGAGGGUGAGGGAACAUGCUGGGUUAUAAAAAUAGCACAGGCUCCUCACCAUCUCUGCAGUGGACUGCAAGUAUGCAACACUUCUUUUGCAUGGACAACAUUCAUUUUUAAUCAUUUGUUCAUAGACAGAAACCUUGUAGUUAUUGGGUUGGACUUUGUUUUGCUUUCAGAACUGCCUUAAUUGUUUGUGGCAUAGAUUCAUUAAAUCACUAGAAACAUUC